AUGUCAUCCUCCGAAUGGGAGUCCUAUGUGAAGUAUAGCGAAGAUGGGAGCAAGCGUUGGGGAAAGAUCUUGACACUCCUGGGCCUCCGGGGAUUCAACGGCGAGGAUGGGAUACGAGAGGUAUAUACCACCGCCAGUGCCUUUUUGGCCUGGAGAGAGUUGGAGACCCGCAGUGGCAGAAUAGUCCCGCAUUUGCCAGAUCUUCUCGAAGGCUGCGACUUUCACUGGGAAUACGAGGCAAGAGACACGAGGUUUGAACCUCUGGAAGCUGUUCGGCAGUUAAUGUUGGCUACCGAAAUAGAAACAAAAGAGGAAUUGGCAAUGGGUCAGGCAAUCUUGGAAGAUACCAGUCGACCGCACAACCCAUCACCAUUGCCAGUUGAGAAUGCUACCCAUGGUUCCCUCGGUGAUGUCCUGGUUGCGAACACUACUGACACAACUAGUACUAAUCUACCCAGCAAGUCGCCAUCUCAGCAACCCACAGCACAACCGUCGUUGUCCCCAUCGCAACGUCCAUCUGGACUUCCUUCCUCGGCUCCCUCAAACUUCGCUUCGGAACCUCCACCUCCUGAUCCCGCCGUGACACCCCCCGAUGUUACAGCCUCCCCCCAAGCAAACACAGAUGAAGAGCCUACUCAUACACGUCCGCCGCGAAGAACGGAUCCUCCCAGGACCCUGCCCCCAAGGGACUCUGAUCGACCGCUGACAGAGGAACAAUACAUGUACUGGGACAUGGACAGAGGCAACAGCGGCGCAAACAACAAUAAUAAGGAACAAUCUACUCGAUUCCUGCAGCGGUUCUUGGCAAACAAUGAGACCAAAGUCUCCACCAGUGGCAGUCCUUUUACUUUUCUCCAUCCCUUUGCCAUGGUGGGAGCGUUUAGCUCGCGCGUCUCUUCCUACGUUGGCUCUUUGGGGAACGCUCUAGAAAUUCCACAAGUGUCAGGUUCGGCUACAUCUGCGGACCUGGAUGUUCUACCGCUCUUUGCAAGAACCGUCCCCAAGGAUGAUGCCAUGGCAGAAGCGUUUGUCCACUACAUGCAGUCGCUCAAUGUCACCCAUGUAGCCAAUGUCUAUGCUCGAGAUUCCUACGGUACCCGGUUUCAUCAAUCGCUUCAAAAAUAUUCGGAUGCUUCCGGAGUGCGGCUCGUUGGAAUCCCUUAUAACCCGGGGCACGAAAGUUCCGUGGUCAAUCUUUUGAAAGACUCUCAAAUGCGCUACGUCUUUGCCACUAUCGUGGAAUGGCGAGACUUGAUUCGGGUCGCCUACGAAGGGGGAGUCCUUGGUGUUCCGGGCUAUGCUUGGUUUCUAUCGGAGAAAUUUUCAUUAUUGAGCGCUCACAUCGACAAGGCAACUGACAGUACCGGUAGCGUGGCCCAUGGCCUUUCGGGGAUUGGUUUGGUCAAUGUUCAUGGGGAACCACGAGAGGAACUCGCCGUUGCCUUGAUGGAGUUUGCCAACUUCCACCAUGGCAACCACACUAGUAUGAAUCAAAACACCAGCCAUCUUACGAACAACUACACAGCCCUGCAACAACAAUUCAUUGACAGCCAUGCCCAUCCAGAAGAAUUCGAAGGUUACGUCUUUCCGCCCUACGCAGCAACCUUGAACCAGUACCUCUACUUUGAUGCUGUCAUUACAUUGGGUUUGGCGGCGUGCCGCACACCCGGCUUGUUUUCCGGCCGAGAACUCUACGAGCAACUCGUGACGCUGGAUUUUGAGGGAGUGACGGGAAAUGUGUCAUUUGACUCUUACGGAAACCGUAAUUUUGAAGGAGUGCAGUACAGAAUCGACAAUCUAUGGUUGAGUGAAGAUCGAUCAGAUGCAUUGCACUAUCAUUUCGACAGCAGAAUGACUAGCAUUGUUGCGGGUUCCAAUGUUACACACAUCGCUCCAUUUCAAUUUCCCAACGGUGUGAACCAGUUGACGACAACUGUUCCGGCGUCUUUGCCCCCUGUGGAACACGACUAUAACUACCUCCAACCGUGGGCUCGAGGCCUGAGUUUUUUCUUGGGGUCUGCAGUGAUGGUGUUUUGUUUGGUCCUUACUGCUUGGACGUGGCAGAAACGAAAUGUCUUUGUAAUCAAGGCUGCUCAGCCGCCGUUCUUGAUGCAAUUAUGCUUGGGUUGCUUGAUUAUGACUUCUGCCGUGUUCCCCGCGUCAUUUGCUCCAGGUGGGGAAGACGAAAACACCAACCGAUUCAAGUACAAUGCAGCUUGCAACGUAGUGGUGUGGCUACUCUGCUUGGGAUUUGUGACCGCCUUUUCUGCCAUCCUUGCAAAGUGUUGGCGAUUGAACAAGCUGAUCAAUUCUGGCAAAGCAAUUCGGAGAAUCCAAGUCAAUGCCGGAGAUGUGCUUCGGCCGUUUUUUACUCUUUUGACAAUCAACGUGUGCAUGCUGCUGGGGGUGAUGUUUGUUGCGCCAUUUGAAUUUCAAAGAAUCCAACUCAAUGAUCAAGAUGCUUUCGGCAGGUCAGUCGCGUCCUAUGGGACCUGCGGAGCAUCGAGCAAUCUUAUCUGGAUGUUUUUGGUUCCCAUUAUGAUGGCCAAUACGGCGGGCGUUUUAAUGGCUGCAGUGCAGUGCUAUAAAGCUCGAGGCUUGCCCUUGGACUUUUCAGAGACUCACUACCUUACGAUCAGCAUGGCAAGCUUGAUGGAGACAGUCGUUUUGAGCACGCCGGUGCUCUUUGCAUUGAGGACCGAACCCACGUCCUUUUAUGUCUUUGCUUCCGUGGCUGUCUCCUUCUUCUCGCUCUCAAUCCUAGUGCCCGUGUUUCUUCCCAAAUGGUGGUUACGAAACCAAAAAGCACAAAACGGUCGAACACAAGCCAAUUUGAUCGCUGGUAACAGGAGUCGGACUAGCUCGAAUCCAAACGCAACCUCACGAUUUACCAAUCCUCAAGCCAGUCAGUUCAUCGGGACGCAGCGAAAUGUGUCUCAGUUCAAUGAAGAUUAUCUUACUGCAUCUCAGAGAGAUGCGUUGGGUCUGGACCUAGAUUGUGACAGUGAUGCCCAGUCCUCACGUUCUUCAGGAUCCAGCUAUGGCGUUCUUCGAAUCCAUCGGCGAGAUGAAAAGGAUGCCAAGAGCUCCAAGGCCAAGAGCACAUACUUCUAA